GUUCGUCUGUUGACUCCGUUUGAUAUGGGCGGAAUUGUUUAAUUGUUGUGCUCUGCUCUACUAUUACUAUUGACAGGUUAAGAUGUCAAGCUAUAAACAUAAGUCUGGAGCUUUGAAAAGAAAGCUCCAGAAAGAAAAAUUAGAACAAUCUGCUAAAGGUCGCCAGGAUAUUAAGAAGUUUUUUAAGAGUAAUGAAAAAGAAGAGUUGCAAGAAUUUCAACCGGAUUUCAAUCCAGAACCUACAUCAGCCUCACAGACCCAACCUUCUUCAGCUUCAAUCCAAAAUGCUUCUACGUCUACUGUAUGUGAGGGAAGUAAUGACGAAUGUGCUAGUGCUGAUCCAAAUCUUAGUAAGGAUACUGUCGAUGACAAUAAAACUUUUAAUUUUGACGAUCCUAAUACGUGGCCUGCGGUGAUGAGUGAUAAAAUAGUAUUGUGCUACGGUGGUUUUCAAGCUUUUCAGGCCAGAUCAAAAUCAUUUCCAGCUGACCCCUCAGGAAAACAUUUCCAUGAAACAUUGUUGUACAUGAAAACAGACAACAGAACAUGUAAAGCAAUUCCACGUGAAUGGUUAAUGUGGAGUGAAACAAAAAACAGCAUUCAUUGUUUACCCUGUAGCAUUUUCCAUUCAAACCAAAACAAAAGUAAACUUGCAAAAGAAGGUUUUUUCUCUGAAAAACAACAAUACAAACGAUUAUACAGGUUAUUUUCGAUGCAUGAAAGAAGCUCUGAGCACAGAAAACACUACCUAGAAUGGAAAAGUCUUCAGAUAUCAUUGAAAGGACAUGGUGUCGACAGCAAUCUGCAACAGAUUAUUAACUGUGAAGCAACAAGAUGGAAAGCUAUUCUUCAACGAAUUUUGGACACAACAAUAUUCUUGAGUAGUAGAGGUUUAGCUUUCCAAGGGGAAAAUACCCAGAUCGGUGAUGUUCACAAUGGAAACUUUUUAGGAGUAUUGGAAUUAAUAGGAAAAUAUGACGAAGUAACUCGUGAACAUUUAGCCAAAGUAAAAGAAAACCAGUUGAAUAAAAAAAAUCAGGUAAUCAGAUUUGAAAGUGAUCUGAAGCACGAUGCUGUAUGGAUGAGCGAAUGA